UUCUGCCCGCAUCGCGAACUUUUCGCGACGGCCCCUGGUCGUCGGCCGCGCGUGCCCGGGGCGGGGGGCCGCGGCACCUCAGGAGGAGGAGGGGAGGAGGGGCGGGGAGCUAGUGAGAGAGGGAGAGCGAGAGUGAGCGAGACAGAGACAGAGCACGCACUGGAGCACAUGCAUGUUCUAACUGUUUCACAUUCCUGCCUCAUCCUUCAGCAGGGACCGACCGUCCCGGCACUCCUAUAGUCCUACCACAACAUUUAUUGGUAGGGCUAUAGGCGAGCCAGGACACCACUGCUUGAACGAAUGCGCCUACGAAACGACCGCUAUGCUUGGACAUGUGGCAAAACUCACGCAGAGCGUGAGGCGCAACAGAAGCGGGCGAAAACAGGGCACGGAGCGGGGCGCCGCUCGGGGACAGGGCGGGAGGCAGGCGUCAGCGGGCGCACGCGGCGUGGGGGCGUCGGGGGGCGAGCGAAGUACCUACUUUACACGGACGGUGGAUAGUGGCACUAAGCUGCCUCGGCGCGAAAGCCGAGACAUCAACAGAUAUUCCACAAAGCAGAAGAGUUGAUACAGAGACGACGGAGGUGCAGAUGCAGAAAAAAACGGGCGGCAGCUGAAGCCUGCGAUGUGAUCACUGAUUGAUCAAGCUGCGUGAACGUACACAGUGCGGGCGCGGUAGCAAGAAACCCUCGCAAGAAACCCAACCCCGAAAACCCUCACGCGAGGUGCCCCUGAGGGGAAACCCGGAGCACCCUGAACGCAGCAGCUUCUCUG